AUGCCUAUUUCAUGGUCAAACUUAUGCCUAGUGCCCAAAACUUCAUUUGUUGUUGGGCUGAAUUCAAUCACUAAAAGAUCUUUAAUAAUACCAUCAUCAUCAAUAAUAUUUCAAUCAAAAUUAAUAUGCCCCAACAUUUUUUUUAAAAAACAAUCGAAAAAUCACAAUAAUAAAAAUCGUAUCUUACUUUUGACUAGUUCAGUAUCUUUCUCUUGGUAUAUAUUAUAUCAUACCCCUGUUUUAAAUGACGACCUCAAAAAUUCAAUGGAAGAAAAGGAAAUUGAUAGCUUCCUUGAUAAUCAAGAAUAUCGUCAUCAAAAGUAUAACCAACUUUGCUUUGGUUCAAUCUUUGGAAUUCUUUUAGGCCUGAUCUUUAAAAAAAUUUCUCAUGGCUUAAUUUAUUUAGGCAUUUCAACAAGCUUGAUCUUUAGAUGGCUAAAUAGUAGAGGUUUCAUUAAUAACAAAGCGAUUAGAAACUAUUUAGGUGAUACAAUGAAAAUUAAUAUUAAACAAAAUUGGAAUUGGAUCUUCAGAGCUGGUUGGUUUAAAAUCCCAUUUAUUUUGACUUUUGUUAUGACUGUUUAUAAUAUUUAA